UCUGUUGUUGUGGCGGCUGCAGGCCGGUGAAGCGGCGAAUGAGUCAGCAGCAGCAGAAGAACUAGCCUUUCACAAAGGUGGAAGAGGUCUCUCCGGUAAAGAAACCAAAUUGUGUGUUUUUUAAUUACUGUUAUGGCAGUCCCUGCUGCUGCUAACAUGCAUUUGAGAACAUCAAGUCCAAACAGUUUGGUAAAGUCUAAGGACCUCAACAUCCAUAUUGAAGAAAGAGAAUUGGAAAACAUAAACAGCGAUGAAAGCCACGGCACAACGCUUCCCUUGCAUUCUCCAUGGACUUUCUGGCUCGACAGAUCCCUACCAGGAACCACAGCAGCAGAAUGUGAAUCAAAUUUGAAAAAAAUCUACACAGUGCAAACUGUCCAGUGCUUUUGGAGAGUGUACAACAACAUACCUGGAGUGGCCAGCCUACCACUGAGAUGCAGCUAUCAUUUAAUGAGGGGAGAGAGAAGACCACUUUGGGAAGAAGAAAGCAAUGCUAAAGGAGGAGUUUGGAAGAUGAAAGUACCCAAAGACAGCACACCAGCUGUAUGGAAAGAGUUACUAUUGGCCACCAUUGGGGAGCAAUUUACAGAUUACUGUGCUUCAGAAGAUGAAGUCGUUGGGGUUAGUGUCAGUGUACGUGACAGAGAGGAUGUAGUUCAGGUCUGGAAUGGAAAUGCUUCUUUUGCCAAUGAAGCAAAUGUCUUAGGAAGGAUUUAUGAACUUCUUCCUCAAAUUUCUUUUAAAGCAGUAUUUUAUAAGCCACACGAGGAGCAUCAUGCUUUUGAAGGAGGUCGCUCAAGACAUUAGUAUAAUUUGCACGUUUGACACUUUAUAUUGAUGUGGUGUUUUAAAAAGAAAGGGGAAUACCUGUUUUCCUAGCCUGAGCACUGAUUUCUUAAAAAAAAAGAAAAGAACUAAACUUAUGUUAUACAAUAACUUAGUUUGGUUAGUACAUGGUUGUAU